AUGGAUCCGUAUAGACCAGUUCAUUAUGCACCAUAUCGGCCAUACGCGCCACAAAGCGGACCGACUUACGCACCUGCUUCUAGACCAGGCUAUUUACCUACUGUUCAGCCAACUAGGCCAAAUUACUUAGGUCAGAGACCAGGAUAUGGGCCUUUGCCUAUCGGCGGUGCUCAAGGUAUAGUCGCGUCUGGUUCAGAAGUUGAAAAGUUGACUACACUCUUCAUUGGAGGGAUAUCACCGGGAGUGACAGACGACUGGAUGGAAAGGAUUCUCAAGACCCAAGGAAAAGUAAUUACUAUUGAGGCACGAUUUGGCAAAGGCAAUUUCUUAAGAAAAUGGGCUAUUAGAGGAUGCACUGACUUGAACAGGAGGAUGCUAAAUUAUCUCUUUGCAGAUAGCUUACGCAAACUGCCUUAUAAAAAUCAAACCAGAAUAACUUUUAGCACAUGCGGUUCGUUAAAAUCAUGGAAACGUGUCAAAGAUCAGUCCGGAAACCCUAAGGGAUUUGGUUUCGCUGAAUAUCUAGAUGCGGAUAGCGUUCUUCGUGCGUUGCGAGUUUUGGGUGGUGAAGGGCCUGGUGAUGACAAGAAAGAUAAGGGCGUUGCGCUACCCGCCCUAGAAGAGGGUGCUGUGGGAAAAAAAUUAAUAGUCAAAGCAGACGAAAAUACCAGAAAGUAUCUUGAUCAAUAUGAAGCAUCAAGACCGAGAACUGUGCAUGAUACCGAACUCGAUAAAAAUGCUCUCAUAUCUGUCAUAACCGUCAUACAGAAUAUGACAAAGCCUCAAGAAUCUCGAAUGCCGCAUGAUAAUAGGUCUGGAAUUCGAAAGUCGCCAAAUUCCGAGCAUAUCGAUCAUAUGGAGAAAGAUGAUGACACUGAUUUACCUGCUGAUCUUCCUCCAGAACAAAAAGAUUUAAUAUAUCGAGAAAUUGCGAUGGAACAAGCUAAAGAACGAUCUCAUAGAAGAGAUAGUAGAGAAAGGCAGCAAUAUGGACAUUAUCAUCAACCUGUCAACUUUGUUCCCGCUAGAGAAUCUAGACGAGAGUCCUAUGCAUUGGAUGAUGAAGAUGAAGAGCAAAAACGUCAGGCAAAAAGGAAGACAGAAAUGGAAAUGGCUUUUAAAGAGAGGGAACGACGUUGGCAACAUAGGGAAGAAACCAUGGCAACAAAUCGUGAACGUGAAUUAGAACGUGAAAUAGACGCUAGAGAAAAGCAGAUACGUGAUCGUGAAUUGAUGGCAAGAAAGUUAGCAGAAUGGGAUGACGAUGUUGAGGCUGAAAGAGGGCAAGAAGAAUACUAUCGAGAUCGAAACCGAUGGUGGUUCCACAGGCAACAAUAUCGAGCACGUGAAAUGGCAAUGGAUGAACAAGAUAAACUUCGAGAACAACAAGAAAUUGAGUCAGAAUUACGCCAACAGGAAUGGGAACGAACUCUUGAAGAGGAGAAAAAACAACGUGCUGAAAUCACAGAGGCCGAGUCACACGAAGAAAAAGAAUUAACACCUUUUACGACCAAUGGAUCUUCGCAAAGUAGUACAAAUAUCAAGGCGAAACUUACUUUAAAUAUUUCUUCAAAACGGCGUGCAGCAUUAAUGACGAAGCGUAGAGUGUUAGUUCCCUUAGAGUAUAGUGAUGAUGAAGAUGAUGAAAAGAGAACUGAAGAUAGGAAAAGAAGAAUUAAAGAUUUAGUGGAAACUAUUCCAACGGACAAAGAAGGUUUAUGGAAAUGGAAUGUAAAAUGGGAAGAAUUAGAUGAAAAUAUUCUUAAUAAUAAAUUACAAUCGUUCGUUAGUAAGAAGAUAGUGGGAUAUCUUGGAGUUCAAGAAGAUGAAUUAGUUUCUUUCGUAAUGGAUCAUUUGCGCAAUCAUAAGUCUGCAGAGCAAUUAACCAAAGAAAUGGAAAUGGUAUUUUGA